AUGAAUGAUCCUCCUGUCCUGUUGGGGGUCUCUGGGCCCCCCGGGACUGCGAAUCUCGCCGAUGCUCGGGGCGUCCUGGGGCGUGCCGGGUCCUCUUCGCGCAAGCUGGGGCGCGGGGCGGUCCUGGCUCCCGGUGGUCGGAAUCCCGCGGUGGCGGGGGCGGCAGCGGAGACAAGGGCGAGCGGAAGCCCAGUGGGGGCACCGGACAACAGCCCGGCGGCUGAGAACCUGGUCUGUGAGCCCUGGGUCAGAGAGAAAGUGCUCUUCCUUCUGCACCCAGAGAGGUGGUUGGGGACUCAACGGGACCCUGCGCGGGAAGAAGUGGCCGGUAGGGACGAUCUUUUUCAGGCGGCGGGAGACGACUGGGAACCCGACUGCCGGUCUCUCUUUCCGCGAGAAAAGCGAGUUUUGGGCAGCCGUGUAGACGCUCCCUUCAGAGCUCUGCCGCGGGACCCUGCAGCCCCACCCAGGUCGGUGCUCGUGCGGAUUGUGGACUAUCAGGCGACAGAAGAAGUCCUGUGGACCGCAUGGAGGAAGGGGCAGAUGACCGCACGGACCGAGGAGCACUCCAUGAGCGCGAUCACUUUUCGCACCAACAGGGAGUGAAGCGCCUGGCUGUGGGCGCCAGGACUCCGGAGAACCCCGGGCUCUCCCGCAUGAGGAGAGGCGCCCCGAGUCCACCUGCGGGGAGAUCACCUCGCGGUCCCCAGGGAC